AUGGCACACGACCCUCUUCCACCCCUCGCCCCCUUUCCCCCGCCUGCAGUUCGGAACCUCAUUCAGAAUGAGGAAUGGGGGGCGUGUCUAGAUGCCUGGAUUACGUUGCUUGAAUUGCGCUUGAAGACUCCCCUGGAUGAAGUUCAAUCAUCAACACCCAAAGAUGAUUCAGCCCGUGUGUUCCUGGCCUCCUUUUUCCGGGAGGCGGCAGUUGGAGGGCUUUCAAUCCCCCGCGGUCUUGAUGCCGACGUGAAGAUGAAAAGUUUGAGACGCCUUUGUUUUCUUCUUACAGGCAGACAUCUGUUGCAGGUUCGUCCGCCGACUCCUGAGCUUCUAGAUUGGGAGUUUCUUGCAUCCUUCUGUCAGGUGUAUAUUUCUAGUCCCGCAACAAAGCAACUCUUAGCACAGCUGUGGAUGCAAGAAUCGCAGGCGCUUACUGCCAGCAUCGAAAAAGGGAAAUUUUUGGUUAUGAAUGCUCUAUCUUUAUCGUCCAAGGCCACAGACAGUAUAACAAGAGCGAACAAUCAUCUGCGCCUUCUGACAAUACUGGCCCUGACAGUUCCCCAGAUCGGCCAUGUUCUAAUGACUGGCUCUGAUUAUAUCGAUGCAUUAUUUGAUGCCUAUCAAAGCACUCAUAAGAUAAAUGUAUCUCUCAAUAAGACCAUUGUGGCUAAUGCUUAUGUCUCUUUUACCUCGUUGCUGAAAGUGGAUCCUCCUGCGACUUCUCUGUUGUUAGAUCAGCUUUUCAGUCUGAAAUCUGCUGCCAAGAUGGAUGAGAAGGGAACCAAGAGGGAACCGACGUUGUUGUCGGACAUAAUGUGCAGUACAAAUUUACUGGCAAAAAUGGAAAGGGUGUUUGCCCGCGAGGGCCCAAAGCGAGGACAACAUCUCGUGGUGUUGCUCCGCCAGUACCAGGCUGAAUGCAGCUCUCUCCAUAGCCGGUAUCAGCGUGUUAAAAGAAGACAGGGUAAAGGAAAAGGCCGUGAAAAAGAAAUUAAGCCCGAACGCGGGGACCAAAUCAUGCACGUCCAUAAAAUGGCUUUGAUAACUCAAGUUCAAGACUUAUUCCCGCACCUGGGGACGGGGUACAUUGCCAAGCUCCUUGGUUCCUACGAGGACGACGUCGAAAUCGUUAUCUCUCAUCUAAUUGAGGAUUCACUGGCUCCACAACUUCGAGACCUCGAUCCCUCCGAGGAACUUCAGGACUACCUUGUUCCCCACCACAACCUUGCACCAAAGCCCACACCACCACUGUUGCCAUAUCUAUCCCCACUUCCAUCACCAACAACACUUCCACCCUCCACAAUCCCCCAGCGCAAAAAUAUUUUCGACAACGAUGAGCUGACCCGCCAAACCAUCCCGGCCUCAAAGCUACACUACGGCCGCGCAAACCCCAACGUAACCGCUGACACCCUCCUCGCCACUUCCAGCAAAUCAGUCAACAAAGCCGCCAUCCUCUCCGCGCUGGCCGCCUUCGACUCCGACGAUGACGAGCGCGACGACACAUAUGACGUCGCCGACGUCGGCGGAACGGUUGACGCAGUUCCACCCGACGAAGACGUCGAAACUGCACCCUUUCGUCGAACUCAGGGUGAACGCGACACCGACUACAUUCUCUUCACCCAUUAUACAACCAACCAAGCCGUGUUUGCCCGCGAAGCGGCCACUCGCCGCUCGACGCCGCGCGCCAAUCUGCGCAGGGAAACGGGAAUGACCGAUGAGGCGAUUGAAGGGUGGGCGGUGAUGUUAUCCCGCGACCCAAAGCGGAUGGCGCGGAUGGAGCGUAGCUUCGCUCUUGGCGCUGGCCCGGGCGGCAGGGAGAGUUGGCAGCCGGAGCUUGCGUCGACGGCGUACAGGAGGCCGAUUAACACGGACUCCCCGGAUGGAACAGGGACAGAAGGGGAGGAGACCGAUGGUGGUGGCGGGCAUGGGGGUCGUGGCAGGGGUCUAUGGCGGGGAAGUGGACGGAGGGGAGGGGGUCGCCGCGGCGGCGGCGGCGAUGGUGGUGAUGGUGGAAAUGCAGAUGUUUACCCUGGCGGUCGGGGGACUGCGGUGGCGAGGCAACGGAAGGAUGCGAAUAAGGCGAGUCGGGCGAACCAUAAUCGACGGAACCAAAGGGCGAAGAAAAUGGCGAGAGGUGGCCUGUGA